AACUUACAAUGAAUGAUGUUCUUUAAUUUUCAUUUCUAUAAUUCUCCAAACGGAAUCUGAGUAAAAAAGGAAAAAAAAGAUUUGUGUUCUUCUCCAACAAUCUUUAUCUUCUUGUUCUUCUUCUGUUACUUUGUGUUCCUUGUCUCUGUUUCAGACAUGGCGAUUCCUGCGGCUCUUGUCUUUGUCCCUGUUGGUGUCCUUUUUUUGGUCUCAGGCCUCAUCGUCAAUCUCAUUCAGCUCGUGUUCUUCAUCAUCGUUCGUCCAUUCUCAAAAAGCUUAUAUAGAAGAAUCAACAAAAACGUUGUGGAGUUACUUUGGUUGCAGCUUAUAUGGCUGAUUGAUUGGUGGGCUUGUAUAAAGGUAAAUAUAUACGCUGACGCAGAGACUCUACAGUUACUUGGGAAAGAACAUGCACUUGUUUUAUCUAACCAUAGAAGUGACAUUGAUUGGCUUAUUGGAUGGGUCAUGGCUCAGCGUGCAGGUUGUCUUGGAAGCUCUCUAGCUAUCAUGAAAAAAGAAGCCAAGUACCUUCCAAUCAUAGGUUGGUCGAUGUGGUUUUCCGAUUACAUUUUCCUGGAAAGAAGCUGGGAUAAAGAUGAGAAGACCCUCACGGCAGGUUUUAAACGGUUUGAGGACUUUCCUAUGACAUUCUGGUUGGCUCUAUUCGUUGAAGGAACUCGUUUCACUCAAGAGAAGCUUGAAGCUGCUCAAGAAUACGCCUCUAUCAGAAGCUUACCCUCUCCCCGAAAUGUCUUGAUUCCUCGUACAAAGGGAUUUGUAUCGGCGGUGUCUCACAUAAGGUCAUUUGUCCCUGCGGUUUAUGACUGUACCUUAACCGUUCGUAACAAUCAGCCUAAACCAACUCUGCUUAGGAUGUUCAGCGGACAAUCAUCUGAGUUGAAUUUGCAGCUAAGACGUCACAAGAUGAGUGACUUGCCAGAAACUGAUGAUGGUAUUGCUCAAUGGUGCCAAGAUCUAUUUAUCACCAAGGAUGCUCAACUUGAGACAUACUUCACAAAAGACGUGUUCAGCGACUUGGAUGUUCACCAAAUCAACCGGCCAAUCAAACCACUGAUCGUGGUGAUAGUUUGGGUAUGUCUUCUUAUGUACGGUGGUUUCAAGCUGCUUCAAUGGCUCUCUAUGGUGGCCUCUUGGGAGAUCAUUUGUCUGUUUGUGGUCAUCUUGGUAAUUGCAACAAUAACAAUGCAAGUACUUAUUCAAUCUUCUGAGUCACACCGUUCAACUCCUGCCAAGAGACCUCUACAAGAACAGCUUAUUUCUGCAUAGGAGAAGUGAAAUUUCUGUUCUAGCCAGUGUGUUCAUUUGCUCAUGUUUAAUAUCUGUAUGAAUAUAACCAAAAUUACUAUUUGUUUAUGAUUAGUCUUAUAUAUAUUCAAUAUAUAUAUUACAUGAAUUGUUUUUUAUUUUUAUAGGAUAUCAACCAUUUUAUAUGUUUUCAUUUAA